GAUGAUAGGAGGUUUAUUCAUCUACAACCAUAAAGGCGAAGUUCUCAUAUCACGCGUAUUUCGUGAUGAUAUAGGACGAAAUGCUGUUGAUGCCUUCCGAGUGAACGUUAUUCACGCCCGUCAGCAAGUUCGUUCUCCUGUAACCAACAUAGCCAGAACGUCUUUUUUCCAUGUAAAACGUUCCAAUAUUUGGUUAGCUGCAGUUACGAAGCAAAAUGUUAAUGCUGCUAUGGUCUUUGAGUUUCUCCUGAAAAUGUGUAACAUUAUGCAAUCUUAUUUCGGAAAGAUAAGCGAGGAAAAUAUUAAGAACAAUUUUGUCCUCAUUUACGAAUUACUCGACGAAAUUUUGGACUUUGGAUAUCCUCAAAAUUCUGACUCCGGAAUGCUGAAAAGCUUCAUAACUCAGCAAGGAGUUAAAUCAACGACUAGAGAAGAACAAGCGCAAAUUACUUCUCAGGUUACAGGACAAAUUGGCUGGCGUAGAGAAGGAAUAAAGUAUAGAAGAAAUGAAUUAUUCUUGGAUGUUUUGGAGAGCGUUAAUUUACUUAUGUCUCCUCAAGGUCAAGUCCUUUCUUCACAUGUGGCAGGAAGGAUCGUGAUGAAGAGCUACUUAUCUGGUAUGCCAGAGUGCAAAUUUGGUAUUAACGAUAAAAUUUUGAUGGAUGGAAAGAAGCCAGGCACAGAUGAUCUUUCAAGAAAUACAACUUCGACAGGAAAGACAUCGAUUGCCAUUGAUGAUUGUCAAUUUCAUCAAUGUGUUAAACUUAGCAAAUUCGAGACGGAACAUGCAAUUUCAUUCAUUCCACCAGAUGGCGAGUUCGAGCUCAUGCGAUAUAGAACAACAAAGGACAUAUCACUACCUUUCAGAGUGAUACCUCUUGUCAGAGAAGUUGGAAGACAAAAAAUGGAAACGAAAGUCGUUGUUAAAAGCAACUUCAAGCCGAGCCUUCUGGCUCAGAAAGUAGAAGUUAGAAUUCCAACACCAUUAAAUACAGCAGGUGUUCAAGUAAUUUGUUUGAAAGGAAAGGCUAAAUAUAAAGCCUCUGAAAAUGCAAUUGUCUGGAAAAUCAAGAGAAUGGGAGGUAUGAAAGAAUGUCAGCUCUCUGCUGAAAUCGAAUUGCUUAACACUAAUGAGAAAAAGAAAUGGACACGACCUCCAAUUUCUAUGAAUUUUGAGGUUCCGUUUGCACCAUCUGGCUUUAAGGUUCGAUAUUUGAAAGUCUUCGAAUCGAAAUUGAACUAUAGCGACCAUGACGUAAUUAAAUGGGUUAGAUACAUAGGAAAAAGCGGCCUGUAUGAGACCAGGUGUUAG